CUCCAACCACAGCAACUGCAAUCCCGCGCCUCCAAAAGAUGAUCGCGUCCUCCCUACCGCACGCGUUCCGGUGGCCGCCUUCUCCAUGGCUUCCGCUUCUCCUCCGGCCUCGCUUCUCCUUAGGACACGCCCUCGAAGGCUUUCCCUCCGUCAUCCCGCCGCCGCCGCCGCUCGCCCUACAUUAGACGGUAGUCAGGGUCUCCGACGGGCGCCUCGCCGCCUCUUUCUCGGCAUCGGCGCCUCCUUCCUCGACCAGGUCGCCCACAUGGCCUCCGGCAGCGGUGGCCGCUCCUUUGUGGCCUCGGCUCGACCCCAGCGAGGCGUUUCUUCCGUCGAACAGAUUCUGAAAAAUGUAGUGUGGCCGGAGACGUUUCCUUUCAAGGACGAGGAUUUCAACCGCUUUGAUGAAUCACCGGAUUCUCUUUUCUACUCAGAGCCUCGUUUUGUUACACACAUUGAUGACCCCGCAAUUCGUGCUCUUACCAAGUACUAUUCGGAAGUAUUUCCUCCAAGUAAUUCAUCAGGUGUUUGUCUAGUAGAUUUAUGUAGCAGUUGGGUUAGCCAUUAUCCAGCUGGCUACAGGCAGGACAGAAUUGUGGGAAUGGGCAUGAAUGAGGAAGAGCUCAAGCGAAAUCCGGUUUUGACAGAAUAUAUUGUGCAAGAUCUGAAUGUUAACCCUAAGCUUCAGUUCGAGGAUAACACUGUUGAUGUUAUAACCAAUGUGGUUAGUGUUGAUUACUUGACCAAGCCGAUUGAUGUUUUCAAAGAGAUGCAGCGGAUACUCAAACCAGGAGGUUUGGCUAUAAUGAGUUUUUCAAAUCGAUGCUUUUGGACAAAAGCCAUCUCUAUUUGGACAUCAACUGGUGAUGCUGAUCAUGCCUGGAUUGUAGGGGCCUAUUUUCAUUAUGCUGGAGGUUUUGAACCACCCGUCGCUGUGGACAUAUCUCCCAACCCUGGGCGUUCUGACCCGAUGUAUGUUGUAUACUCCAGAAAGCAGACGGCUGACCAACCACCUCUGCUUUGAGAAGGUGUUCUUAAAUCUCAGAAAGAAAGAAAGUCACUAAAGCAAUCGUAUCAUAUCAUUUGGCUUCUUAUCACCUAUCUGUAUAUUCCACCUUUGUCUGGUGUCAAGGUGCUUGAAUUGCUUCUCAUGCGUGAUUCAGGCAGCAACGUUGUAGCAGUAGAAGAAUGAUCAGCACCUUCAGAUUUAGGCCCAAAUGAACGUCCAGCAUGACCUAAUAAAGCCGUAGGAUCUGUGCUUUCGUCUCCAUCUCCACAUCAAUUGCCUUUGUAGUCUUACAGAGAUCAUUUUCAAGUAGGUGUUUGCCAAAGAAGCUGUCCUGGACCGAGUGAAUGGCAGAGUACUUUGAUAGCAAGAACAAAUUAUAUGCAAAAUGUUCAAAGUUUGGUCCGGCCGUUCACAGAAUGCAGUGUUCCAUUGUAGACUUGCAUCGCUGUUGUUACGAUAUAAAUUGUAUAUGUUUCAUUCACCAUAAGGCUUCUAGAUAGAAUAUAUUACCGUUUUCUUUCAGCCAAGCCAUUCCUGUAUUGUGACUGGCGUGGGUUGUGAAAUGGGAACUCAAGUAAUAAAUAUGUGGUGGGCUUUUCUGUUGUUCAA